GCGCGGGCGGGGGGCGCCGCCGCCGCCGCCAUGUUCCGGUAUCAGUCCCUGGAGGACUGCCCGCUGGAUGAAGAUGAAGACGCCUUCCAGGCCCUGGGGGAGGAAGAUGAAGAUAUCGACCAGUUUAACGACGAUACGUUCGGAGCUGGGGCUGUCGAUGACGACUGGCAGGAGGCCCACGAGCGGUUGGCGGAGCUGGAGGACAAACCGGUGGCGAGCGGGGAACGGGCCGGGCCUGCCGGCGAGGAGGGGGAUCUGCUGGGCGAGCCCGAGGACACGCUGGCCGAGCGGCUGACCCGCCUGGUCAUCGACAGCGAGCUGGAAGACCCCGCCAUCAUGCAAGCCGUGCAGACCACCGUCCCUGCGCAGCAGCCCGGAGCGCUCAACUCCAGCAUUUGGGAUGGUUCAGCUGUCCUGCGGCGAAUCCGGGGGCCGCUUCUCGCUCAGGAGAUGCCAUCAGUGUCCGUGCUGGACUACGCUCUGCCUCAGAGACCCCCCCAGGCUCGAGAGGAAGAGCGAGACCCCUCUGAACGGGCGCUGCCUCGCCGUUCGUCAUCCCCCGUCAUCGGGAGCCCCCCUGUCCGGGCUGUCCCCAUCGGCACCCCUCCCAAACAGGCUGCCCUCCCCAAUUUCAACCAGCAGAUCCUAUGUCCGAAGCCUGUCCACAUCCGAGCUACCAUGCAGCAGCGCUACCCCACUCCCUAUGGCGAGAGGAUGUCCCCCAACCAGCUCUGCAACGUACCGAAUUCCUCCCUCCUGGGACACCCGUUCCCCCACAGUGUCUCUCCCGUUCUCACCCACCUACAGAGAGCUCAGCUGCUCGGAGGAGCCCAGGCCGGCCGAAUGUCCCCCAGCCAGUUUGCCCGGGUUUCUGGCCUGGUUGGGAGCCCCCUCCCCUCUGUCAAUCCGAAGCUGCUCCAGGGCAGAGUCGGGCAGAUGAUGUCUCCGGCCAGCGGGUUUCGUGCCUUCUUUGGGGCUCCCCCUGCUCCACCUCCCUCGCAGCCACAGCACCCACCGGGCCCUGGAUCCCACCUGCAGAGCCUGAGGCCGCAGCCUCAAAUGUUCCGACCGGACACGACCCACCUACACCCCCAGCACCGCCGGCUCCUGCACCAGCGCCAGCAGCAGAACCGAAACCAGCACCGGAGCCUCAAUGGCUCGGUGGGGGAUCGAGGGGGCCACCGGAGCAGCCACCAGGAGCAGAUACGCAAAGAUCCCUACGCCAACCUCAUGCUGCAGCGGGAAAAGGACUGGGUGUCCAAGAUCCAGAUGAUGCAGCUGCAGAGCACUGAUCCUUACUUGGAUGACUAUUACUACCAGAAUUACUUCCAGAAGCUGGAGAAGUUAGCAGCGGCGGAGGAAGUCCAUGGUGACGGUCCUAAAAAGGAACGCACUAAACUCAUCACACCUCAGGUGGCUAAGCUGGAGCACACCUACAAGCCGGUGCAGUUUGAGGGCUCGCUGGGGAAGCUGACGGUCUCCAGCGUCAACAACCCCCGGAAGAUGAUCGACGCGGUGGUGACCUCCCGCAGCGAGGAUGAUGAGACAAAAGAGAAGCAGGUUCGAGACAAGAGGCGCCAGACCCUUGUCACGAUCGAGAAGACGUACAGCCUCCUCCUGGACGUGGAGGACUAUGAAAGACGCUACCUCCUCAGCCUGGAAGGCGAGCGGCCGGCCCUGAUGGGCGAGAGGAAGCAGAAGAUCUGCGACAUGUAUGACAAUCUGAGGGGGAAAGCGCCCGGGCAGGAGAGGCCGAGCGACGAUCACUUCAUGCAGAUCAUGUGCAUCCGAAAAGGGAAGCGCCUCGUGGCCCGGAUCCUCCCCUUCUUGUCACCCGAGCAAGCGGCUGAUGUCCUGAUGGCAACGGCCAGGAACCUGCCCUUCCUCAUCAAGAAGGAUGCUCAGGACGAGGUGCUGCCCUGCCUGUUGAGGCCCUUCUCUCACGUUCUCUACCACCUUCCCUUGGGGACAGUCACCAGCCUUGUGCAGCAGCUAACGAACCUACCUCAGAGCGUGACUGCGCCAGUGCCCACCAACCUGCACCUCACUGCUGUGCUCCAAAACAAGUUUGGCCUGUCCCUGCUCUACCUGAUCUUGAGCCGGGGGGAGGAACUGCAGAGCUCGGACACGAACACGGAGCUAAUGCAGGACAACCAGUGGACGGAGCUGAUGCUCAUGGCGACCCGGGAGCUCCUGCGGAUCCCUCAGGCAGCCUUGGCCAAGCCCGUGUCCACCCCCUCCAACCUGAUCUCCCUUUUCUCUCGCUACGUCGACCAGCAGAAGCUCAACCUGUUGGAGACGAAAUUGCACUUAGUGCACGGAAUCCGAUAAAUCUCUGUGGUUCCUCGUCACCAGAAUGUUCCAGAGGAUGGACGGAUGGAUGGAUGGAGGGCAGGCAGUUCCACCACCCCCCCCACCCCCCCCAAGACACACAACCUCCCUCCCCAAACCACCCCACCACCCUGCCUGGCACAUCGCUGCAGGAGGCACACCUCCCCCUCCACCCCAAAAUUCUGGCUGGGGGGGGGGUGGGGUCAGGGAAGGUUGGGGGGGGGGUAUAGCUGCUCCCCACCCUCCCCCCAAAAAGUGCUGCCCCCCAGUUCCGCGCCCCCCCCCCCCCCCCAAUGGCUGCUGCUUUUCCCCACACGCACACUACGGGAAAAGUGGGGGGGCUGUAGGGCUGGGUGCCCUCUCCCCCCUCCCUUUUCCCCAGGGCCCCCCCCAACACACACCCCCAGAGCACUGAGGUCUGGUCCCUGCCCUUCCCCGGCCGCACACACGCACGCACACGCGUGCUCACACGCAUGUGCACACACACACACACCUCUCUUUUGCACACUUGCCUUGUCUUCCCCAGCGUUGGCUCCUUCCCUCGGCCUCAUAUGCCCCCCCAAUCCCGGGGGGGGGAGGGGGGGGCGGGUUUUGCUCCUUGGGAAUGGAGGGGGGGGGAAGGUUAAUUUUACUUUAUUGUUUUGGUUUGCUUUUAAACAAACAAACAAACGAGAGAAGAAAAAAAAAAAAAAAAAAAAAACAACGAAGAGAUUUGCACAUGUAGGUAUUUUACAACCAGUAACUCCUCCCUGGCAUUAACCAGCUCCCCUCAGCUGCUUCCCAGCCCCCCCUGCCCUCUCCCCCCUCAUUUUCCUCCUGACUGAUCAAGUGGAAAGUUCAUUUCUUAUUUUAUUUUUUUUUUCUUUGUGCUUCCCCUUCCCCCCCACUUUUUGGUUCUGGUUAAUGAGAAUAAAGUUUCUAAAUUUACAUUUUUAUAGGGUAUUGUAAAUAAAGAUGAAUUGUAUACUGC